AUGAAACAUCUGGGGAAUAAGCCGUAUGUGCUGCUUCAUGCGCUGUGCACGCUGCCCGAGCAUGAGCGACGAGGAGCGGGAUCGCUGGCGCUGGAAUGGGGUGCGGCAAAAGCGGACGAGCUGGGCUUGCCGGCGUAUUUGGAGGGCAGUCCGAAGGGCGUGCCGCUGUACAAGAAGUUUGGGUUCGAAGUCGUGGAAAGUCUGCCGCUUGAUGCGAGGGAUUUCGGGUAUCAUGAGGCGUUGACGCAUAUGUGUAUGCUGAGGCAGCCGAAGACGCAGUAA